AUGUCCUACGUCGUGUACGCGGUGGAGAAUGCGGAUCGCAUGAUUCUGAUGGGUCCUCGGGUCGCUGAUCAGCCGACCUUCAAGACCAUCACACUUAGCUGGAUCCAGGCGCCGAAGCUGGCCCGCCGCAUGGCCACGGGUGGCUUUACGCCGGAGGAGCCGUACGCUUACGAGGCCGCCGAGCUGAUCCGCUCCACCUUCAUCGGCAAGCAGGUGCAGUUUGUCGAGGACUACUACAUCGAGGCGCUGCAGCGCAGUGCGGGUCGCAUCAUGGACGCGAAGGGUCACGAGGCAACAGGCAUGCUGCUCAAGGAGGGCCUCGCGUCGCUGCCGGACCGCAUGCCGCCUCGCAUGGAGAAGGAAUUGUACGACAUCUACGCCCAAAUGUCUGCCGCAGCUCGUGCGGCAAAGAGAGGUCUUUUUAGCCUUGACGCCGCCAAGCAUGUACGACAGAUGACGUCUUACACGCCGGAGGAGCUGGCGGAGAAGAUUGAGGGCAUCAAGGGCCAGACACUGCAAUCCCGCAUUGAGAAGGUGGUGUCGCCCACGCUGAUCAUCAUAUCCGUGAAGGAGCUCGGCGACACGCAGUUCGGUGCUCACCUGACCGGCGUGACCUCGAAGGACAACGAGGACGAGGCGGUGAACGCGCAGGCAAAGUUCUUUCUGGAGCGCUUCCUGUUGAACCGCAACGUCAACGUCCAGUACGACGGCCUCGACAGCUACAAGAAUGUGCUCGUCUCCAUCGUGUCCUCCAAGGGCUCCUUCCAGAAGGAGUUGCUGUCGAACGGGUACGUCAAGAUCCAGAACGCCACGCUGUCGCUCUCGGACCGCAUUGACGAGCUGACGGCUGCAGAGGCCGCCGCAAAGAAGCUGCGGCUGGGGUGCUGGAAGAACUACGUGGAACCGGCAGAGGCGGCGGAGCCGGCAGAGGCGGGUGAGGGGGACGUCGCGGGUGCCAAUGGCGAGACGGCGGAGGGUCAGAAUGGGGAGCAGAAGCCGCAGGCCGCUGCCGCGCAGCACGUGGCGAAGCCCGUCGGUCUUCCGACGACGCUGCCGGACGGCACCGCGGGCCCUGCCUACACCGGGCCUGUGGAGUUCGUCGGUACCCUCGUACAGGUGGUCCACGGCGACACUGUCGUGAUUCGCAAUGACGCCAGCGGCCAGCUGAUCCGUGUCUCCCUGGCUGGCGUGCGCAGCAGCAAGAACAUCGACCGCGACCAGGACGGCAACUCCCCCGAAACACGCCUGACCUACCACGACUACUCCUGGGAGGCGAAGGAGUUCCUGCGCAGCCGCUACAUCGGCGCGAAGGUGGUGGUGCAGGUCGAGUACGCGCGUGUGAUCCCCGAGACGCGGGAGAUCCGGCCAGCGGCGACGGUGCAGAUUAAAGACACCGGCGUGAACAUCGGCGUCGCCCUGCUGGAGGCCGGCUACGCCACCUUCUUCCUCGGCAAGAACGACAAGUGCAGCAAGACGAGCGAGCUGGCCGCCGCUGAGGAGGCUGCAAAGGAGGAGCCGAAAGGCGUCCACCGCGACAUCCCCGGGGCGCCGAUGAAGGUGCUGGAGCUGAGCCACCUCGGCGAGACCCGCAGCCGCUACUACCUCAGCUUCCUUCAGCGCGGCAUGCAGGGCAGCCGUCCGCCGCCGCUGAAGGGUGUCGUGGACCUGGUGCUGGGCCCCAGCUCCCUGCGUGUGUACAUCCCGAAGGAGAACUUCCAAAUCCCCGUCAAGGUCGCCGGCGUCAUGACCCCGUCCACCGCCUUCAACCCAAAUGAGAAGGCGGACCCGUUCGCGCAGGAGGCGAAGGAGUACGUUAUCGGCAUCGCCCAGCAGCGCAACGUCACGAUUCAGGUCUUCACCUCGGACCGCGCCGGCAACUUCAUCUGUGCCGUCGUGCUGGAAGACGGCACGAACCUCUCCGUCGCGUUGGUGACGGAGGGCUACGCGACGGUGGCAAAUGUGGACCGCCUGCCGUUUGCCCAGCAGCUCAUUGAGGCAGAGGGCGAGGCGCGGACGGCGAAGAAGCACAUAUGGUCCGCUGAGGGCGGCAUCCCGAAGCGCGCGGUGAAGAUGGAGCAGGAGCGGGCGGCGGCCAACCCGCACUCGCUCGCCCGCGUGCUGGAUGAGAGCGCCGCCUUCACGCCAUUCAUGAUCACUGAGGUCGCUGAAGAUGGCCUCUCCGUCUACCUGCAGGGCUACGAUGCGGAGCAGGACAGCAAGAAGGGUCACAUCCAAGACCUCAUUAACCGCACCGUGGCGGGGGCCGAGUACACGCCGAAGAAGGGCGAGCGCGUCAUUGCGCAGUACAGCGGCGACAAGACGUGGUGCCGUGCACAGGUGCUGAAGGCGCCGCGGGAAAGCAAAGUGGAGGUGCAGUUCAUCGACUUCGGCAACACCGAAUCGGUGCCGCUGAAGAACAUUCGCGCCGUUCCGCGCGGCCCCGAAUACGCGGCGGUGCGUGACACCCCAGCCUUUGCCAAGCAGGCCCGCCUCGCUUACCUGAAAGGGGUAGACCAGAACGAGGUGUUUGCCGGGAUGGCCUACGCUGCGGUGGAGGAGUACGCGGACGGCGAGGUGCUGGCCAGGGCGGUGUACCGCGACGGUGCCGGGCACACGUACUACACCGUGACGGCGAACGAGAACGUGUCGUCGCUGAGUGAGAUUCUGCUGCAGCGUGGCUUGGCGCUGCUCGACCGCCGUGCGGCGAACGUGGACCCGAAGGAUUACCACCGUCACGAAGCCGCGCAGGAGAUUGCUCGCAAGGGACACAAGAAUUUGUGGCAGUACGGUGAUAUCGACGAGGGUGAUGGGGAUGAAUGA